AUGACAGCUGGUAACGGUGAGAAGCUGCUGCCGGUUAUCCUUCAACCGAGGUGGGCCCGGCUGACGCGAAAAUCGAUAAACCACUUCCUGAUUCCAACCGGCGGAAAACAUUCGAUUGUAUGGCAGUUUCACCGAGCGCGCGCGAUCCUUGCCCGUCUGCUGGAUCACGGUACGGGGCGCGGUACAGGGAUUAUACCCACGGCGAUGGCGCUUAUGUCGCGCUACGAAGACGACAACGAUGAUGAUGAACCGGUGCCGGUGCGGUUGCUCCCAGCAGAGAUAGCUAGCUGGGCUGGGAUCAUGGUGUGUCUAGGCCAAGUGACCGAUAUACGAACGAGCGCCGGUAACAUACGGCUACGCGGUCACCAAAGUGUAUCACCGACCGGACGGACGGACGAACGACGACGCAAGCUGGCCAAUCAAACCGAACGCGACCGGGCGGUGCAAUUGAGCGACAUCGACGCGACGGACGGGUGGGUGAUGCGAACCAGUAUGAGAGUUGAUACCUAUGGAAGGUGGAGGCAAUCAACUAUGUACCUACUAACACGACAACCAGCAGCCGGCGGCGGUCACUCGCUCUCAUCGUUGUUGUCCGGAAGAUCCUCCAGGAAUUCCUCCGAAAGUUCCUCCAGGAAUUCCUCCGAAAGUUCCUCCAGGAAUUCCUCCGGAAGUUCCUCCAGGAGUUCCUCCAGAAGUUCCUCCAGAAAUUCCUCCGGAAGUUCCUCCAGGAAUUCCUCCGGAAGUUCCUCCGGAAGUUCCUCCAGGAAUUCCUCCGGAAGUUCAUCCAGGAAUUCCUCCGGAAGUUCAUCCAGGAAUUCCUCCGGAAGUUCCUCCAGGAAUUCCUCCGGAAGUUCCUCCAGGAAUUCCUCCGGGAGUUCCUCCAGGAAUUCCUCCGAAAGUUCCUCCAGGAAUUCCUCCGGAAGUUCCUCCAGGAAUUCCUCCGGAAGUUCAUCCAGGAAUUCCUCCGGAAGUUCAUCCAGGAAUUCCUCCGGAAGUUCCUCCAGGAAUUCCUCCGGAAGUUCCUCCAGGAAUUCCUCCGGGAGUUCCUCCAGGAAUUCCUCCGAAAGUUCCUCCAGGAAUUCCUCCGGAAGUUCCUCCAGGAAUUCCUCCGGAAGUUCCUCGAGGAAUUCCUCUGGAAGUUCCUCGAGGAAUUCCUCUGGAAGUUCCUAUAGGAAUUCCUCC